CUGAGGCUUAGUCGUGCUGGGGUAGGGUGAUCGCUGUUCUGCAGAGCUGAGGAGAGCGGGGUAGUGAGGAGAGUAGUAUAUUUAAAAAACCGCCCAGGGAGGACACGGCGUUUACAAGGCUGCAGUUUUGUUUUUAUCUGCAGACUCUCUCCUACUCUAACUCUCACCAUCCCUCGCUCAUCCCUCCUUCCUCCCGACUUUUGGUUGUUGACUCUGUUCGGGUCCGUAUGACAUGGUGAAGAGGAAUGCAGCAGCACCGGUCUCUUUGAGCAAGUGGACAUUUCUUCUUUGAGCUCCUCCAAACAUGCAUUGACUUUUUAUUUGAUAUUUUUUGGAUGUCGUGUUAGACUGGUGUGCUCUGGAUUGUUUACCUUUAUAAGAUGAAGUUUUUUUGGAAUUUGUUUUGCUGCUGCACACAUCCCAGCUCUGGUGUUUACAUGCUGUAACUGGGAUUUCCAUCACAACCAGCAGCAACAGUAACAACAAUAUUGUUAUUGUCUGUCUUCAAUAGCCCAGUUUUACCGGUUCGUCCACUGCUGUAUCAAGACAGGUGUGAGUGAUAACAGUGGUUCUUGAAGAAGAUGGGACUUCCUGCCCUGGAGUUCAGUGACUGCUACCUGGACAGUCCACUAUUUAGAGAGAGACUCAAGUUUCAUGAACUGGAGCUGGACAGAACCAACAAGUUCAUAAAGGAUCUGAUUAAGGAUGGAAAAGCACUCGUCCAAGCAUUAAAAUGUCUUUCCACAGCAAAGAGAAAGUUUGCCGACUCCCUGAAUGAAUUCAAAUUCCAGUGUAUUGGAGAUGCUGAGACGGACGAUGAGAUGUGCAUAGCUAAGUCUCUUCAGGAGUUUGCAGCAGUUCUACAGAACCUGGAGGAUGAGAGAACACGGAUGAUCGAGAAUGCCAAUGAUGUUCUCAUUAUGCCUUUGGAACGGUUCAGGAAAGAACAAAUCAGUGCUGCCAAGGAAGCCAAGAAAAAGUUCGAUAAGGAGACAGAGAAGUAUUGUGCCGUUCUGGAGAAGCAUCUGAGCCUUUCAGCCAAGAAGAAAGAGUCACAUCUGCACGAAGCCGACAACCAGGUGGACAAUGUGCGGCAGCACUUUUACGAGGUCUCAUUGGAGUACGUCUUCAAAGUGCAGGAAGUCCAGGAAAGGAAGAUGUUUGACUUUGUGGAGCCGCUGUUGGCGUUCCUCCAAGGCCUGUUCACCUAUUAUCACCAUGGCUAUGAGCUUGCAAAAGACUUCAGUCAUUUCAAGACAGACCUCACCAUCAGCAUACAGAAUACUAGGAACCGCUUUGAGAGCACGCGGUCUGAGGUGGAGAGUCUGAUGAAGAAGAUGAAGGAGAAUCCACAUGAUCACAAGAGUGUCAGCCAGCACACAAUGGAGGGAUACCUGUUUGUACAGGAGAAGCGCUCAUUUGUUUCUACCUGGGUGAAGUACUACUGCACAUACCAUCGUGACCCUAAGAAGGUGACCAUGGUACUGUUUGACCCUAAGUCUGUGGGGAAAAUGGGAGAAGAGGAGAGUUUUAUUCUGAAAUCCUGCACCAGGAGGAAGACUGACUCUAUAGAGAAGAGGUUUUGUUUUGAUGUGGAGGCGGUGGACAGGCCAGGAGUGAUCACCAUGCAGGCUCUGUCAGAAGAAGACCGCCGGUUGUGGAUGGAAGCCAUGGAUGGGAGAGAACCAGUGUAUAAUUUGAACAGAGACAACCAGGCUGAAGGCACAGCCCAGUUGGACGUCAUAGGGUUCAAUGUAAUGAAGAAAUUCAUCUAUGCUGUGGACACUCGAGGUAUUAAUGAACAAGGCUUGUACAGAAUUGUGGGUGUCAACUCCAGAGUACAAAAACUACUGAGCUUGGCUAUGGAUCCAAAGACCUGUGCUGAUGUGGAGCUGGAGAGUCCAGAGUGGGAGAUCAAGACGAUCACAAGUGCCAUCAAACACUAUCUCAGGAUGCUGCCUGCACCUCUCAUGACGUACCAGUAUCAGAGGAGCUUCAUCAAAGCAGCCAAACUUGACAACCCAGAGGCCAGGAUGACGGAGAUCCAUGGUCUUGUUCACCGACUUCCUGAGAAGAACCGACAGAUGCUGGAGCUGCUGAUGAAACAUCUGGCCAACGUGGCCAACCACCACCAGCAGAACCUAAUGACCAUCGCUAAUCUGGGUGUGGUGUUUGGACCCACUCUGCUGCGACCCCAGGAAGAGACGGUGGCAGCGAUCAUGGACAUCAAGUUCCAGAAUAUUGUCGUGGAGAUCCUGAUAGAGCACCAUGAGAAGAUAUUCAAGGAUGUACCAAAUUCAGUGGGAGGUUCCACCAACAUGCAGCUGAAUCUGUCCAGAAGAAAAAGCACCGAGACCAAAGCCCCAUCCUGCUGCGAGAGACCUCUGACCCUCUUCCCUACGCCCACACAUUCCCAAAAAGGUGAAAAGAGGAACAGCAUCGCCAACCCUGUAGUGGGCGAUCUGCUGCAGCCAGUUUCCUCUUCCUCUGCCAACUGUAACAGCAGCAGCAGUAGCAGCAGCAGCCAGAGUCGAACCCCAAGACACAGCCUGACCAGUAACGAUGGAGAACAGGAAAGUCGCCAGCUGCAGCCCAGUUCAUUGCUCAACCCCAAGAGUCGUGGCAGCAUACCGACCAGUGCAUUGUCUCCCAGCCCUACAUCACCACGGUCACCGUCAUGGCCGAUGUUCUCAGCUCCAUCUAGUCCUCAACCAACAUCCUCUGCCUCCAGUGAUUCAUCCCCAAGCAGUUUCACGGGCAGGAAAGCUCGUGCAUUGUAUGCCUGCAAAGCUGAGCACGACUCAGAGCUGUCCUUCAUCGCUGGGACCAUCUUUGAAAAUGUCCAUGCUUCCAGGGAGCCUGGUUGGCUGGAAGGGACUCUGGAUGGACGAACAGGACUUGUUCCGGAAAACUACGUUGAGUUCUUGCAGUCCACAUAAUGUUCAGUUGAUUCCAGACUGAAUGUGACCAAAAUAUUGUCCAUCAUUUCACUGCAUGGGGCUGGACCAGAAUCCUGGGUUCCUGGACCCCUGUUGGUGAGGACCAAACAGAACAAUAUUACAUGGACAUGAAGCAAAGAAGCAAAAAAAAAAAAAUAAAAGAGCUGAAGACGCCUGUGAUGUGCACUGGAAAAAAGCUUCAAAUCCCAGUGUGAUUUGAUUAUUAUUGGAUAGGUGUGAAUGACUCCCAGUCCCAGUCGUGAUGUUUGUGUGUGCGCGACUGAUAUCUUAUAUCUGCGGCCGAUCUUUCUGAGCUGUGUCCGUUGUGACUUCCUCCGCCUGAGCUUUAUUAUUGUGAAACACACUGUUUCACUCAGUCAUUGUUUUUUUUAAGCUACAAAGAGAGAGAGACAUGUGAGGAUCAAGACUGAACACAGCACAGUAGCUCUGGACCUGGUUGUUCUGCCCCUGUGUUGUAUGUGUUUGUUGCAUGGAUGAAUAUCUUAGCGCAGUGAAGAAGUAAAGACGGUGUUCUCCAAUGAGGAGAACAUGUCUGUUGGUAUAGAAACAUCUUUUUUUUCUUAAAAGAUUAGCUUGAUCUUAGCACUUAGCUUGGUCUCCAAUCUCCAAAGAGAAGUGUAAUCCCAUUUAAGAGACAUCUUAACAGUUUAACAGUAUGCUAUUUUAAUCUAAAAUAAUGUACAGUACGUGCUAAAGAGUGGAACGAUCAAUGAGAAAAUGAAAAGUUCUGGCUUCAGA